UUUGAACGCGAGCAGCCUCCCACGAAGUCGACAGGGCGUCGUGUACACUGCCUUAUUUGAUCUGACAACCCUUGCGCUAAAAAUUGAGCGUUCCCCAAAGCCAUUCACAUCAGGCUCUGCUCAUAUCGUCUCGACGCAGCAACGACUCGGACGCACUCAGACGGAUUCACACCCUCCUAUCUCUACGACUCGAAGAUGCACUGGCUAUUCUUAGUCGGCAAGGUUGUAAUCUGCAUCAUCGCCGCUCCCUUUCUGGCCGGCCUCCGCCUCGUUCUAUUCUGCAUCAUCGCCGCUCUUCUGGCCGGCCUCCGCCUCGUUCUAUGGUUCCUCGGUUUCAGCUCAGCAGGGCCAGUCGCUGGCAGUACCGCGGCGCGUAUACAGGCCAGAAUUGGCAACGUACGCGCUGGAAGCUGGUUUGCGGGAGCACAAGCUCCAUUGCAGUGGCCGCGGCAGUGCUUGGGAUAUGGCUGGGAUUCAUUCAAGGCGAGCUGCAAUAGAGGCGUGGAGGAUGCGUGGGAGAGAUAUCGGAUGCUUUGUUGCCGGAACAUCGAAUGGCUUUGCUCUCUUCUCGUUAUGAGAUGAGGAAGUCAUCCGGUAUUUAGGCAGUGAGAGACGGGUGCUUCAAGUCUGUGCGAGCUCAUGAACUGGCUAGCUCGUACGAUGACCGCGGCCUAGUGUGUCUGCGGUGUCGUGUCCCGACUUUAGCCGGCUGCCGGGUCAGGCGACGAACAGGCCCGGCUGGGGUGACGUCCGACUGUCAGC